UAUUAUAUUCAGUGUAUAAUCUAUGGUAAUAUUUAAAAAAAAAAUACAGUCUUACUCAUAAUUGUUUAUUUUGUUUUCAAAAUAUACAUAUCCUUUAAUAGAAGAAAGUGUUCGAAAUUAUAGAUACAUAUAACUCAAUAAAUUAAUGUUUAUUUUUAAUAAAAGCUAUUUAAGCGAUUAGUAAUGUUAGCUUCAUUAAAAAAAAGGUUGGCAUGGGCUAAAUUAGCAAAAUGCCAAGAAAAUCUAACGAAUCAAUCGUACGUUAUAUUACCAGCUUUUAUUGGUUUAUUUGAAGAUAUAAUUCUAUGGAAACAAAUUUGGCUGUCCGUAUCAUUUAUAAUAAUCAAGAGCGUAAUAUUUUUAGUAUGUGUAUACCACCAAAUAAAUUUUAUAAAAUUUAUGAUAUGCCUGUGCAUCACAUUGCUUUGUUUGGAUGGAUUUGAAGCUUGGUUAAAAUACAAACACAGAACUGCGUGUUUGGAAAGACUUUCAACCUACAAUGGAAAAAAAAUAAUAUUAGCCACAAAACAGUUAAAAGAUUGGUUUGUAAAUAAAUGGUGUGAAUUCAUUUAUAUAAGGCAAACUAAUCAUACCAAAGCAUUUUUGCUGGCCAACAUAAUACUGGGAUGCAUUUUCUUCAUUGGAAAGUAUGUAAAUGGUUACAUGCUAAUAUAUUCAAUGUGUUUGUUUGUGUGUCUUUCACACAAAGUUAUAUAUCCAGUUAUAAAAAUCUUCAAAAAUAUUCAACAGGAUUUAGAGUCUGAGAGCGAGCUUGAGGGUCUAAUUCCUGAAAUAUCAGAUGUUGAUAUACAACUAUUGACGAUUGAAGCUGAACAACAAAUUGAUGAAAAGCAAAGUUAUGAUUAUUGGAAACCAGAAGAUAUUCCACUUGAAGAAGCAAGCGAUAGCUCUGAAAACAGCAGUCUUGAUACAAGUUUCUCUGUUGAUAAAAUAAACACACUAGAAAAGGAUAUUGAAACAUCAGACUCCAGUGAAGAUGAAUAUAUACCUCUAGAUCCACACCUGAAAGAUCCACAACUACAGACAACCUUGGAAGUAUCCGAACCAAACACAUGGACCAACAGUGCUUAUAAUACAUUAUGGAAUUUUACUGGUGCUUUAAGUAAUAUGAUGAAGACCACAAACGAAGCAACAAGAAAACGAAUGUCAACAUGUUUUUUUUACUGGUUAAAAUGUGCUAACUGGAUUAGCUCACAACCCUAGCUGAGCUUCCUGGAGCUUAUAGAGCGGAAAAUGUGAAGACUGCUGCCAUCCUGUUAACUAUAUUUUAAUUGUAUAUACAACUGUUCAAAGUGAAGCACUUUGCAUGCUUCAUAGCCAAAAUACACUAGUGGCAAAGUGUAUGGACUAUAUAAGUACUUAAGAAAAAUAAUAGUCAUAAAAAGAUAGGUUCCAAAGAAGAAAUAGGAAAUUACUCUUAUCAUGAAUAGAACUAAAUAUUCAGUAAGUCAACUAUAGCGCUAAACACUUCUAUAGUAUUUACUUCUGCACUAUACUUCCAGAACAUGCAUCAGACUACACUUUAUUGCUUCUAUAGGUAUAUUGGGUGUCAAUUAUUUUUAUCCUACAUGCAAUAACAAAACUAAAAUGUAUGUAUGAUUAAUAAAUAGACAAUUUUUUAACACAGUCAUAAUUGGGAUCACCAUGUUUUGAGCAGUGGUUUACACAUGCUGUAUUUUUACUUUAAUUUUUAAUAUAUUACUACAAUAAUGUUGUUAUAAAUUUAUAUCUAAUUCGGGUAAAAUUUAAAUAUGUUUUUAAUUCCUUAAAAUUAAAAACUAUGACUACAGCAAUGUCAUUCUACCUUUGAGAUUGAUAAGAGGAAUAAUUUCACUAAUUCUCUAUCAGAAUGAUUAAUACAGAGUAUAUAUUAAGAUAUUUCAUUACUUAAUUAAAUACCUUUACGGAUACUUACCUCGAAAUUGUUUGUUAACAAAGAAUCAGUGUUAGUUACAAUUUCCAUUUCUAUUUCAAUCCGACUUUGACUAGCUCCUUCAUUAAUUGAUUGAAAACAAGUAAUUUGAACCUAAAAACAUGGUUAAAUGAUGAAUAUUCAAUAUCUAUCACAAUAUUUAGUCCAAAUAUCAGGUUUGACUAGUACUGAAAAUAACAUUUUUAAUAAAUAUUAAGAACAU